UCUGUCCCUACCAACAACGUCAAAAAAAUUCAUAGUUGACAAAAUGUCCUCUUCAUGUCUCUCUCCCCCUAUCAUCAUCAGUUUUCCUUUACAUGCUCCUCUCUCUCUCUCACUUAACUUUACAGGAGAAGGCUUUGGUUGGUGAGAACAAUGGAGCAUAGUACUGGAAUUAAAGUGCCAAGACUGAAAGUGGGCUCCCAAGGUUUGGAGGUUUCUAGACUGGGGUUGGGCUGUGGGAGCCUCUCAGGCAUACUGAACGCUCCCCUCUCCCACGAAGCCGGGGGCGCGAUUCUGAAACAAGCAUUCAACAAGGGCAUAACAUUCUUCGACACUGCUGAUCUCUACGGAAAGGAUGGUGACAAUAAGAUCAUGAUUGGGAAGGCUUUGAAAGAUCUGCCUCGCGAGCAAGUCCAGCUAGCAAGCAAAUUCGGCAUUUGUAUGGCCGACAAGGCCCGUGCUGAGGUCAGGGGAGAUCCUCAGUAUGUCAGACAAUGCAUUGAAGCCAGCCUCAGGCGCCUUGAUGUGGAUUACAUUGAUCUCUACUACCAGCACCGCGUUGAUCAAUCUGUGCCAAUAGAGGAAACUAUGGGGGAGCUGAAGAAGCUGGUCGAGGAGGGGAAGAUACGGUACAUUGGGUUGUCGGAAGCUAGUGCUGGCACGAUCAGGAGGGCGCACGCGGUGCAUCCCAUCACCGCAGUGCAGAUGGAGUAUUCUCUGUGGAGUCGAGACAUUGAGGAGGAUGUUGUUCCACUUUGUAGGCAACUUGGAAUUGGUAUAGUAGCAUAUAGUCCACUUGGUCAUGGAUUCUUUGGUGGAAAGGGAAUGGUGGAGAGCUUGCCUUCCGAGAGCUUCCUGACGCUGCAUCCGAGGUUUACGGGCGACAAUCAAGAAAAGAACAGAAGUAUAUACGUCCGGUUUGCGGGUUUAGCAGCUAAGCAUUCGUGCACGCCUCCACAACUAGCUCUGGCUUGGCUUCUCCAUCAAGGCCACGACGUCGUUCCCAUCCCUGCCACGACCAAGAUUCAAAAUCUGGAAGCUAACAUUGCGUCGUUGGGAGUGAAGCUGAAAGCAAAGGACUUGAAAGAAAUUGGUGAAGCAAUUAAUGUUGAUGAAGUUGGUGGCGAUAGGGAAUAUGGCAUUUUUUCUAAGUAUACAUACAAGCUAGCAGAUACCCCACCCUAUAAAAACUGAUAUGUAUCCACCUUAGGUAGCAAGAACACUCCAAUAAACAUGAAGAUGCCCACAUCUUUUACUCCAAUUAGCUUUCAUCGAUGGAAGAAA